AUGUAAUUUAAGCACAUGAAGAAAAAUAUUACAACAUAAUUACAAAUUGCUGAUUAAAUAUUUGAUUUUUUUGAUCGUGAUCAAAAACAGACAAAUAUUUUAGUUCAUUAUUUUUUUUGGAAUCAUCGGAUCUCCAAAAAUGAUUUGCUGUCUAUUUGA